UGGGCCGGCACAUCCCAGGGGCAUCCACAGACCACAGCACGGUCAGCUAUCUUCAGUCGCUACACAGACGCCACUCCACCUACCGCCACCAUGAUGAAGUUCCUGGUCCUGGCCCUGUGCCUGUUCGCCGCCGUCUUCGCCGCUGAGGAGUCCGCCCCCAAGGAGAAGCGCGGCCUGGCCUACGCCACCGGCCUCGGCUACUCCGCCCCCGUGGCCUACUCCGCCCCCGUGGCCUACUCCGGACUGUACAACGGCUACUCCGCCUACGGCGUGCCCGCCUACGCCUCCGGCUACUACGGCUACAGCGGCCUGGGAUACAACGGACUGGGAUACGCCGCUGCCCCCGCUCUGGGCUACGGAUACCACGGCAUCUACUGAGCGGACCGGACGGUGACGUCGUGUGACGACUGCAGUGCGAGCGGGCUCCGAACCGGGGUCCCCAACAACUGACCCCGAGGGAUAACUGCCUGCGGCGAGGACUACCAAACGUUCUCCUGCAACACCGGUCUCUCGAGCCCGCUGGACACCUUUUCCCUUUCACUCCCCCCCCCCCCCCCCCCCUUGGCCCAUCUUCCGAAAUUGUGUACUUUCCACAAACUGUAAAUAAAGUUUGCAAUUCAUUUCUUCUAUAAA